UCUGUCUGCAAAAAACAAUUCCAACACCUUCGUGUGGCUGCAGUAGUGACAGUCUGUUUGUUUUCAAUUGACUUCACAACUCUUCCAGUAACGAGUCACAUUCCUGGUUCUCGGACACUUUGUCAUCAGCCUCAGAACUACAGGCUCUAUACCAUAUUGUAUACAGAUUAUACUCAGUUAGUAGCAGAUCUAGUGGCAGAAAAACACCAACUUCUAGAUCCACAUCACAUCCACUCUAGAUUCGUUCUAGACAGCAUUCUACGUCGACACAUUGUCAAGAUCGUUCCAGUGGCUCCUUUUGGAUUUAUAGACAUCCCACUUUUGGCAGUUCGAUUGCAUCUCGUUCUUUAUUCCAUGUAUCAUAGCAGUUCCUAUCUCAGCAUCUCAUACACACCAAUUAAUGUCUCGAUUAGAUAGAUUGGUAUUGCUUUUGGAAACGGGUUCGACCCCCUUCAUCCGAAAUACCGCCGCGGACCAGUUGUCGGAUCUCGCUGCAGCGCAUCCAGAAGAGAUACUAUCGCUUUUGGGACGGGUAUAUCCGCACUUGAAGUCGCCCAAAUGGGAAACAAGAAUAGCGGCUGCGAGAGCAUUUGGUGGCAUUGUGAAAAACGCCGAUGUGUGGGACCCGAAUUCCGAAGAGGCUAUAAAAAAAGAACAGGAGCAAGAAGCGUUUGUCAAAAAGGAGAUGGACGAAACCGUUUCCAUCAAGGUCAAACAGGAAGAAGAAGAGGAUCACAUAAAAAUAAAGUUGGAACAAGACGAAGAGCUCCAAAAGUUGGACAAUAACUUGAGCAGCUUGGUGUCGUUUGCGUCGUUUGAUCUCGCAGAAAUACUAAAGAGUGGAGCACGGUUGCUUGCCACGAAGUCGGACGAGAUUCCGGACCCAUCAUCAUGCGACGAGAACUCGCUUAUCGGAAGAAUCAAGAAAAGAAAGACCUCCAUCAUAAAAGACGAAGAAGAAGAAAUAAAUUCCAAGUCUUCCGCUUCUCCUCCCACACCAUUUGCAUCUACCCCAGGUACGCCGACGUCAGCCAAAGCAGAAUUAAAUAUAUUGAAGGAAUCUACAGAUUCCGGCAAGCCCGUCUCCAGUGCCAGGUUGAAAGCAAUGCAAAAGAGAAGAGCCAAGGUGAAUGCCAGAUCAAACGCCAAUAGAGUAAAACAAGUAGACAUUUCUCAGAGUUCCAUAUCACGACAAAUGAUUGAAAAUGGUGAAGGUCUCAACGAGGAGAAUGGCGCAGCAGAGACUCCGCAAUUUGACAUCACCUCACAACAAGGCGGUGAAAAGUUGGUUGUAGAAGCUAAGGCUCCUGAAUUAUCACCUUUGUUAUCGCAACACAGUAAAGUUGCUGGACUUGUGUGGCAAUUCCAGGGUGUCUAUGAAUUGCUCUUAGACGACUUGUUUAACGACAAGUGGGAAAUAAGACACGGUGCUGCAUUGGGGUUGCGUGAGUUGAUCAAGAAACACGGGAAAGGUGCUGGAAGAGUGAUGAACAAAUCCAGAGAAAUCAACGACACCAACAACGCAGCAACCUUGGAGGAUUUAGCUGUCAGACUUUGCACUUUAUUCUCCUUGGAUAGAUUUGGCGAUUACGUUUCUGAUACUGUAGUUGCUCCAGUGCGAGAGUCUGGAGCUCAAACAUUGGCAGCAUUAUUGAUUCAUUUGGAUAACAUCACCGUCAUGAGAACUUUCCAAUGUUUGAACGACUUAGUACUCCAAAUUGGUUUGACAACUAAAUGUUGGGAAGCAAAGCAUGGAGGUAUGUUGGGUGUAAGAUACUUUGUCAGCGUCAGAACGGAUGUUCUAUUGGAGCAUCCCGAAUUGUUGGAUCAAGUGGUUAAUAUGGUUCUCCACGGAUUGAAAGAGAGUGAUGAUGACGUCCAGUCUGUAGCUGCAUUGACGCUUACUCCUAUCGCUUCGAAUUUUGUUUCUACCAAAAAGAAUCUAAUUCACACUUUAUUGACUGUCAUCUGGGAUUGUUUAACCAAUCUACGUGAUGAUUUAUCCGCAUCCAUUGGUUCUGUCAUGGACUUAUUGGCCAAGUUGUGCACACAUCAAGAGGUCAUCGAAAUAAUGCAGAGGGAUGCACAGGAAGACUACAACAACUCGUUUGAGUUGUUGGUUCCUAGACUAUUUCCCUUUUUGAGACACUCGAUCACAAACGUUAGAAAAGCCGUAUUGAGGACAAUUAUUGAAUUUUUAUCGAUAUCCGAUCCAACCACAAAGACAUGGAUCAAUUCAAAAGCAUUGCGAUUGAUUUUUCAGAACUUACUUGUUGAGCAGAAUCGUGAUGUCAUGCAGUUAUCCAUAGAUGUCUUCGAAAAAUUGAUAGCUGAAAUCAACAGCAAUGACAAUUUGCCUUCGAUGGAUCUGCUCUUUGAAGAUCAAUACCAGCCACUCUUAAUUUUGUUAAUGACCCCAGUAGGUAUAGCGAGACACAACUAUCAAAUGAAUACCAAUUUGAUCGUUCGUCCAUCUGGUCAUAUUCUCGGGGCCAUCGACGAUGAUGAAAAGCGUGGUCGCAAGAGAAAGUCCGCUACUGAACAAGUCUCUGAUAUACCGAUUGGGGAAGAACUUAGAGUCAAUAUUGACGCUCCUAUCUUUAAGGGAGAUGUUAUGUUAGUUGGAUACGAUAAGUUCAUGGCGACAAAAAGUGCUGCUGCACAUUCUUUUGGUGUCACCAUGUCAUUUAUUUCCUCAGAUUCUCAAUUGAACGAUAUAUUUGAAUUGCUUCGUUCGUAUUUGAAGUCGCCACACUCCACUCCAAGGUUGCUUGCUGCCUUGGUAGUUCAGGAGUAUGCUCAAGCCGUAAAAGCUAGAAAGUUGUCACCGUCUCCAAAAGCUAUUGAACUAUUCUCAGAACCACUAGGUACAGUGUUACAAGAUCCUGAGUCUUUACCUUAUUUCCGAGAAUUGGUUCCAACCUUGAAAGCUGUAAGAACUUCUUGCUUGCAAUUGUUUGACAUUUUCAUCUCUGUAGCCAAAGUCCCACCAGUAAAGAUUCCACAGUUACCAGUAGUGGUACAAGGUGAGUCAGAAGCAGGACCUGGAGCUUUCGGAAUUGAGAAUGCGGAGAAAUUGAUAGAUGAAACUUUCAAUAAAUUGAAGAAGAACUUGUCUGCCAUGUACAGAAUGACUGCCAAUCAAGCUCUUGAUGAUGCCAGACAUCGUAUCAUCGUUGCAAUUGACGAAGCAAAAGCUGCUCGUUCCAGUAGAACAGUUGGUAUUCUCUCGACGUACGCCGCCUCAAUUCUUGCAUUAUCGGGAGUUCCCAAGAAACUCAAUCCAGUUAUCAGGUCCUUGAUGGACAGUAUCAAACAGGAAGAAACUCUUCUUUUACAAGAGAAGUCUGCUGAUGCUGUAGGUCGUUUGAUUCAGGAGUUGAAUGAAGUUGGUAAGAAGGGUGCUGCUGACAAGAUAGUCAAGAACUUGUGUGCCUUUUUGUGUGUAGACACUUCCGAAGUUCCAGAAUUCCAUCAUAACGUGAUCUACAAAGACGAUAUAUUGUCGUUGAAGAAGGAAGAAGCUAAGACGGAUCCACUAGAUAUAGCUGCCCAUGAGAAGGCUGUUCAUGAAGCCAAGAUCAAGAGGAAUGGGGCUCUGUUAUCGUUGGAAGCUUUGUUAAAGAUUUACAAUGCUGAUUUGUUUGAGAAAGUUCCAAAGUUGAAGGAAGUGAUGCUUGAACCCUUGAGGUUGUUGGAGAACUCGAUUUCGGAAGAAUUGGUCAAGGACGAAUUGAAAGGUCAAAGUAUCAUCGAUGCCUUGGGAAUUCUUCGUGCUUUAUUGCCUAAAUUAGAUAAGUCAUUGCACGACCAAGUUGUCGAGUUCCUACCUUUGUUGUUGCCAGGAUUGCAAUCUGAGUAUUCUGUCUUCCGUUACUCAUGUGCCAAAUGCUUUGCAACUAUUUGUUCUGUUGUUCCAACGAAGGCAUUCACCUAUUUGGUUAAGUAUAUCUUGCCCAUGUUGAAUAACGCUGGUCGGGUCAGAGAAAGACAAGGUGCCAUUGAAGCCAUAUACCACAUCUCUUCAACUAUGGGUUCUGACAUAUUGCCCUAUAUCGUUUUCUUGAUUGUUCCAGUUUUGGGAAGAAUGAGUGAUUCCGAUCACGAUGUUCGUGUUUUGGCUACGACCACCUUCGCAGCAAUCAUCAAGUUGGUUCCUUUGGAAGCCGGUAUUCCUGAUCCAGAAGAUAUGCCAAAAGAGUUGUUGGAGGGUAGAGACAGAGAAAGAGACUUUAUUCAACAGAUGAUGGAUCCCACGAAGAUCCAACCAUUCGACUUGCCGGUGACCAUUAAAGCUACUCUUCGUAAGUAUCAACAAGAAGGUGUUAACUGGUUGGCUUUCUUGAACAAGUACCAUUUGCAUGGUAUUCUCUGUGAUGAUAUGGGUCUUGGAAAAACGUUGCAAACCAUUUGUAUUGUCUCUUCUGAUCACUAUUUGAGAUCUGAGAAAUUCAAAGAAACGCAGGCAGCUGAAUUCCGGAAGUUGCCCACCUUGGUAAUUUGUCCUCCAUCGUUAACUGGGCACUGGGAGCAGGAAAUCAAUGAAUAUGCUCCAUUUUUGAAGGUGUUGAUCUAUGCUGGAAACCCCAGUAUUAGAACGCCAUUGAGAAGUCAGAUUCCUGAUGCUGAUAUUGUAGUUACCUCUUACGAUGUCUGCCGUAAUGAUGUAGAGUUUGUUACCUCUCAUGAUUACAACUAUUGUGUUUUAGACGAAGGUCAUAUCAUUAAGAAUGCGGCCUCGAAAUUAACCAAGUCUGUGAAGAGAGUCAGAGCAGAACACCGUUUGAUAUUGUCUGGAACUCCGAUUCAGAACAAUGUUUUGGAGUUGUGGUCGUUGUUUGACUUUUUGAUGCCUGGUUUUUUGGGUACUGAAAAAGUGUUCCAUGAAAAGUUUGCCAAACCUAUAGCUGCUAGUCGUAAUAGCAAAACUUCUUCAAAGGAACAAGAAGCUGGAGCAUUAGCUUUGGAGUCGUUGCACAAACAGGUUUUGCCAUUUAUGUUACGUCGUCUUAAGGAAGAUGUGUUAUCAGACUUGCCACCCAAAAUUGUUCAAGAUUACUACUGUGAAUUGAGCGAUUUACAGAAAAAGUUGUACAAGGACUUUGCCCAAAAGCAGAAGUCGACUGUCCAAGAAGAAGUGAGCAAGGAAGGAGAACAAGGAGCUAAGCAGCAUGUUUUCCAAGCCUUGCAAUACAUGAGGAAAUUGUGUAAUCAUCCAGCAUUGGUUUUGAAUCCCGAUCAUCCAAAAUAUGCUGAGGUGACCCAAUAUUUGGCCUCCCGCAAAUCUGACCUCAAGAGUAUCGAGCAUUCACCCAAGUUGUUAUCUUUGCAAGCAUUAUUGCUAGAAUGUGGAAUUGGAGUAAACGAUAGCGAUUAUUCCAAGAGUAAAAGAAAACAGCAACAACUGUUGAUUUCAUCUGAGGGAGUGAUCUCUGAACAUAGAGCUUUGAUCUUCUGUCAAUUGAAGGAUAUGCUUGACAUUGUAGAGAACGAGUUGUUGAAGAAGUAUAUGCCUUCGGUUACAUAUAUGAGGAUGGAUGGUAGCACUGAUCCCAGAGAUAGACAGGGAAUAGUGCGUAAGUUCAAUGAGGAUCCUUCCAUUGAUGUGUUACUAUUGACUACUAAAGUUGGAGGUUUAGGUUUGAACUUGACUGGUGCCGACACCGUUAUCUUUGUAGAACACGACUGGAAUCCUAUGAGUGAUUUACAGGCUAUGGACAGAGCGCAUAGACUUGGACAAACCAAAGUGGUGAAUGUUUACCGAUUGAUCACGAAGGAUACGCUUGAGGAGAAGAUAAUGGGUUUGCAGAAGUUCAAAAUCAACAUUGCCUCUACAAUUGUCAACCAGCAGAAUGCGGGAUUGUCUUCGAUGGAUACCAACCAGUUGCUAGAUCUUUUCGAAGUAGACGAAAAGGCUUCUAAGCAAAGUGAAGAUGUCGAAGCAAAGCAGGAUGAACGAGGAGAGAGUGGUGGAGUUCCGGAGGACGUCGCUGGAGGUCUUACAGGCAAAGCAGCUGGAGCUGUAGGUGAGUUGGCUGAUUUAUGGGAUGAGUCCCAGUAUGAGGAUGAAUACAACCUCGACAACUUCAUCAAGACGCUUAAGUGA